AGGGGGCGGGGCCAAACUCAGGCCACGCGGGGCGGAGCCCGGGAGCUGACGAGGCCGCCCCGCCCCCGGGGACCAUAACCGGUCGCUACCGCCGCCACCGCUGCCGCUGCCGCCGCCUGCCGAGUGCCCCGUGCUUGAGGCUCGGACCCGAGGCCGACGCCGGGCGCCCACCUUCUAGCCCGCCAUGGCCGCGCCCCGCGCCCCCCGCGCUUUGGCGGCCGCCGCGCCGGCGUCCGGGAAGGCCAAGCUGACGCAUCCCGGGAAGGCGAUUCUGGCAGGCGGCCUGGCGGGCGGCAUCGAAAUCUGCAUCACCUUCCCGACCGAGUACGUGAAGACGCAGCUGCAGCUGGACGAGCGCUCGCACCCGCCGCGGUACCGGGGCAUCGUGGACUGCGUGCGACAGACGGUCCGCAGCCAUGGCGUUCUGGGCCUGUACCGUGGCCUCAGCUCCCUGCUGUAUGGCUCCAUUCCCAAGGCGGCUGUCAGGUUCGGAAUGUUCGAGUUCCUCAGUAACCAGAUGCGGGACGCCCAGGGACGGCUAGACAGCACGCGCGGGCUGCUGUGCGGCCUGGGCGCUGGCGUGGCGGAGGCGGUGGUGGUCGUGUGUCCCAUGGAAACCAUCAAGGUGAAGUUCAUCCAUGACCAGACCUCCUCCAACCCCAAGUACAGAGGAUUUUUCCACGGGAUCAGAGAGAUUGUGCGGGAACAAGGACUGAAGGGGACAUACCAGGGCCUCACAGCCACCGUGCUGAAGCAGGGCUCCAACCAAGCCAUCCGCUUCUUUGUCAUGACCUCCCUGCGCAACUGGUACCGAGGGGAUGACCCCAACAAGCCCAUGAACCCACUGAUCACGGGGGUGUUUGGAGUUAUUGCUGGUGCAGCCAGUGUCUUUGGGAACACGCCUCUGGAUGUGGUCAAGACCCGGAUGCAGGGUCUGGAGGCACAUAAAUACCGGAACACAUGGGACUGUGGCUUGCAGAUCCUCAAGAACGAGGGACCCAAGGCAUUCUACAAAGGCACUGUCCCCCGCCUGGGCCGGGUCUGCCUGGAUGUGGCCAUCGUGUUUAUCAUUUAUGAUGAGGUGGUGAAGCUGCUCAACAAAGUGUGGAAGACAGACUAAGCCCAGACGGUGUGCGUGGGGAGCUGCCCUGGAUGCUCCAGACCACCCCCCCCCACCGUGUCUCGUGAUUCCAGUGCAGUUGUGCCAAAAGGCCCCUUCCCUCAUCCCUUGAGCUCCAUGGCCUGGUCUGUUCAUGGUGGCCAUCAUGUGUUCCGUCGUGCUGUCUCUCCUGUGGUCUCUGUGUACUACCACCAUUGUGUCCACGUGUCCAGCCUGGCCAUGGUCUAAGUGUCCCUCAGCCCUAUGACUCUGUGCCCACUUAUCCAUGUGCUUACUUGUACAGAGUCAUGUGCCUGUGUUUCAUGUUCUGUGUCAAAUGACCCUGUGCUCCACAUCCCGGGGUGCCCGUGUGGCCUGGAUCCACGGCCCUGUAGCCUUGGCCCAGUCACAGUCCGGUGCCUUCCACCCUGGGUGGCAGGGGCAUCCUGCCCUGGCCUACCACAGCUGCCUCCGGGCCUCGGCCUGGCCUCACCGCAUUCCAGGGGCUGCAUGCCCCCUGCUUCUCCUGCCAUUGGCCUUAAUUGGCCCUCGGGCCCUCCCUCCGCCCGGGACAGGGUGGCACCUGCCACUCUCAGGACCACCCUGCCAAGGCAAAAUAAACCGGAUCCUGUUGCA